AUGCCUCUGAAGGUUGAAGCCUCGCGGGUGAGGGCAACUGGCGCCCUCAAGGUGUCUCGAAGACCCCGGGAGGAGGACUUCAGGGAACAUCCUUUAGACCCAAUGGAGGAAGCCACGCUGAAGGAGGAGGCUGCUCAUUACCAUAACCCCGACUGGCCUUCAGUUACUGGGCCUUCCGUAAACAGACCGAGCCGCCACAUCCCUUGGAACUAUACUUGGGUGGUCCUCUCUGAAAGAGGAGACAUGGUCUGGUCCACCUCUCGUGUCCAUAAUAUCCAUUGGUGUCCUGAACAACUUAACCUUGAUCUGUGCAAACUGGCCUUAGGUGCUGCUGCCCAGUGGGACACUGAGGACCUCUUUGAUCAGUCAGCUGAACCAUCCAUCAACUUUGAGGGCCCUGCCUAUGCCUACGCUGACUGCUCCCAUCCAAGCCGACUGGCAGUCAUGCAGAGAUACACCUUUUAUGUACGCCAGGGCCCCCAUCGGGACCACAGCCUCUUACAUAAAUGUGGAGGCAGCUCUGAUUAUUACUGCAAAACCGGGGCUGUGAAACCACAGGGAUAUCAUCCACCAUUCCUGUUAGUCAUGGAAACCCAUACCCUGCACUAUGAACUCACAGUCCUGUCUCCAGAAAACUCUUGGCAGCCCCCAUACCCAAUCCUGGUAUACGUUGAUGACGAGCUCUUCCUAUGCUACAAGGGAGACAGUAGAAAAGCAGAGGCCUGUGGGCCCAGAAUCAAGGGGCAUGCAGGACCUGAGACCUGGACAAGAGAGACUGAGGACCUUCAGGAGAAGGAGGAACAACUCAGGAGAAUGCUAACCGAGGUCAUGACCCAGCAGGGCCAUAAUGAGGGCUCUCACACCCUACAGGAAACUUUGGGCUGUGAGCUUCAGGAAAACCGGAGCACUGGAAGCUUCUGGCGCUUUGCCUAUGACGGGCAGGACUCCCUCACCUUUGACCAGAAGACUCCCACGUGGACAGUGGCUGUGCCCUACUCCCAGCAGAUGGCCUGGGAGACACAUGCACCCAGAGCUGACAGGGUUAAGGCUUUCUUGGAGGACACGUGUCCUGCUCAGCUCCAGGGAUACCUGGGCUUCUUGAGGAAGUUUUCAAUGGAUACAGGCCUCCCAGAGGUGAAGGUGACCAGCAGAAGGUACCCAGUGGGCAGAAUCACCCUGACAUGCUGGGCUUUUAAUCUGUGUCCUCCUGUGGCCACCCUGGCCUGGCUUCGGGAUGGGAAGCCAGUACAGCAGCAGACCUUUGGGCCUAGGACCAUCCUGCCCAGUGGGGAUGGGACCUACCAGACCUGGGUGUCUAUUUGGAUUCUUCCUGGACAGGAACCAGAGUUCACCUGCCACCUGAGACAACAAACCCAUGAUAUCAAAGUCCCUGCUGCCUCUGGUGAGAAAACGGGGCAGCCAUCCACUUGA